GAGACUGUCUCACCCUGAGACAACUGAAGGAAAGAGGAGAUAGGGAGGAGAGAAACAUUUAUAUGCACAGGUUUUUUGGUUGUAUAUUUUGUCAGAGACUCCUCUCUGGGAUUAUAAAAUCAAACCUGGCUUUUGUCUGUUGGCGAAACAUGAUUUCUCUUUUGAUACCACUUGGAGCCGCUUGGAUCUGAAGGAAGGAUCUACAGCAGAUUCAAUCAGAAGCCCAGGGACCUCUCCACACAGGAAGGAUAGAUUUUUUUUAUCAAGAGGGAUGUGCCAUUUUAUGAUUUGAGAUUUGUUUUGUUUUUUAUAAAGCUGGAAUAUUUGCAUUAACCACUGACAAGAAAUAGACCUCGACUUGGAUCUAUUUUCUCAGCGCCGGAAACAAUUAUAUUGAUCACAGUCAACUUGCAUUUUUUUUCUUCUCAGGGCUCGUGGCAUUUAAAAAAUAUAUAUAACAAUUAUAAAAACUUAAUUAAGGCUUUUUUUGCUGAUACAGCUUGAACACACAAAGAUUUAGCCAUGGAGGAGAGGAGACGAGCGGGCUACAACGUUCAGAGGGAAAUCCUGGACGAAGGAGCCGUGGAUGAGAUGGCAGAAAAGUCAGACUCAAAAACAUCUUUGUCCGAGAAGCUUAAAAAGUCAAUGAGGUGUUCUGGUCCCAGGGUGAAGAGCUGCCUGCUGGGUAGCUUUCCUGUUGUAUCGUGGCUGCCUCGGUACUCUAUCAGAGAAAACGCCCUGGGUGACCUGGUCUCUGGAAUCAGCGUGGGAAUCAUGCAUUUGCCGCAGGGUAUGGCCUAUGCCCUGCUAGCAUCUGUUCCUCCAGUCUUUGGCCUUUACUCCUCCUUCUACCCCGUCCUUAUCUACUUCAUCUUCGGCACCUCCAAGCACAUCUCAAUCGGAACAUAUGCGGUGAUGAGUGUGAUGAUAGGAGGGGUGAUAGAACGAUUAGCCCCAGACUCCAACUUUAUGGAUUGGGACAAUGUGACCAACUCUAGUCAAGUCAACUUUGACUUACGGGAUGCAGAGAGGGUCCGAGUGGCAGCAGCAGUAACCUUCUUGUCUGGAAUAUUUCAGAUUAUACUCGGUCUAGUCCAGUUUGGUUUCGUUGUGACCUACCUGUCUGAACCGCUGGUCCGAGGUUACACCACAGGAGCUGCCAUCCACGUCAUCGUGUCCCAGCUCAAAUACACCUUUGGCAUCAGCCCGAGGAGAUUUAAUGGACCCUUCUCGUUGAUAUAUACUGUGUUGGAGAUAUGCUCUAUAAUUACAGAGACAAACAUUGGUACUCUUGUGGUCAGUAUCGUCGCUAUAAUUGGCCUCAUACUCGCUAAAGAGCUCAAUGCUUACUUGAGUAAAAAACUACCUGUUCCUAUACCCGUAGAGCUGAUUGGUAUCGUUGUUGCUACAGUGAUCUCCUGGCAGGUUGACUUGCGGGCUAAAUAUGGAGUGGAGGUGGUGGGACUGAUUCCCUCGGGCCUCCAGCCGCCGGUUCUCCCGACCGCCUCCCUGUUCAGUCAGGUGAUCGGGGAUGCCUUCGCUCUGGCUGUGGUUGGCUACGGCAUCGCCAUCUCACUGGGAAGGAUCUUCGCCCUGAAAUAUGGAUACAAGGUGGACAGCAACCAGGAGCUCAUUGCCCUGGGUCUAAGUAACUCCAUUGGGGGGAUUUUCCAGUGUUUCGCCAUCAGCUGCUCCAUGUCCCGCACCAUGGUUCAGGAGAGCACAGGAGGAAAGACUCAGGUUGCUGGAGCUCUUUCAGCCAUAAUUAUCCUUUUCAUCACGCUCUGGAUUGGAAGACUCUUUGAAGAUUUACCAAAGGCAGUGCUGGCCGCCAUCAUCUUUGUUAACCUCCAUGGCAUGAUGAAGCAGUUCCUGGACAUCCCUGCGCUGUGGAGGAGCAACAAAGUAGACAUGCUGGUCUGGGUGGUCACCUUCAUCUUCACCAUACUCUUCAACCCUGACCUGGGACUGGCCGCUUCCAUCGGCUUCUCCAUGCUCACCGUCAUCUUCAGGACUCAGCUACCAACAUACUCCAUUUUAGGGCAGGUCCCAGACACUGACAUCUACAGGCCGCUGGAGGGCUACAACCAGGUGAAACGGGUGCCAGGGAUUCUGAUCUUCCGUUCCUCUGCCACUCUCUACUUCGCCAAUGCUGAGAUGUACCAGGAAGCCCUUGGAGAGAAAUCUGGUAUCGACAUUACCAAGUUCCUGUCAGCAAAGAAGAAACUAGAGGCCAAAAGGAAGAGACAUGAGAAGAAAAAUGCCAAAAAAGCUGCAAAGAAUAACGCAGUGGACAUGGAGGAGGUGCCAGAGAGGGAGGAUCAGAAGGACAUAGCCGUCAUUGAGGUGGAGGAUGAGCCCGACCCCUCUCUCCCCAGAGCCAUCGUCCUCGACCUCAGCCCCGUCAACUUCCUGGACACUGUGGGGGUCAAGGCGCUGCGCAGUAUUCAGAAAGACUACGGGGAAAUCGGUAUAGAGGUUGUCCUCGCUUGCUGCCAAACUGUUGUGGUGGACAACAUGCAGACUGGAGGUUUCUUUAAUGACAAAGUGACAAAGGCCUGUCUCUUCUCCUCCGUCCAUGAUGCCGUUUUGCACUGUCAGUCUGCCAGGACGCACAGCCAAGAUGAGGCCAUGUGCUGUGAGAUCCCAUCGACACACUUGUGAGCUGUGAGAGGAACGAUGGAGGUUAAUUUGACAGAAACAACACGUCAACUUGGUGACGCAACAACAGGAAAUAUCCAAAUACCUCCGGACUGAUGAAACUGAUGCCUCCCAUAUGGAAGCAGGGUGUUCUCCCUUCCUGUCUCACUGCGGCCAGCAGCUUCAAUCAUAACCAGUCUCCCGUCCGCACGUUGUUUAUUUCCAAAUGUGUUCAGGGAACUUGUUUAUGCUGUAUAAGGAGUUGUUGAUGACGCUCAUUAUAGUAACUCAAGCAGGGAGAAUGUAGCAGUAGGAACGAUCACAGAGGAAAUCAAACCCAACCACCCCAGAUGUUCCCAUAGUGUACCAAACAAUAGAUAAUAUUGUUAACCUGUUGUGACCGUGAGUCUCUUAAGAACAUUAUUUUUUACAGAUACAAUCCAUUGUGUGUUGAUUAGAAAAUGUAAAGCCACACAUGGCUAUGGAAACGCAAAUAUGAUUCAGAAAUUGAUCACUUUCAUCUUCGCUGUUUUAUUUUUGGAAGAAUAAGAAAUGUCUGUAAACAGUUAGAGAGGUGUCCACCAACAGCAACAACAGCAGUCCCCUGGUAACUGAAACCAGUAACAAUGAGUCAUUGUUUAUUGGAAUUGUAACACUGAAUCAUACUU